UGGAAGUUCUGAAGAAUACAUAAAAGAAAACUUUUUAUAUGAUUUUCAGAAAAGUUAUUGAAGAAGAGGAGUUUCUAUCUGUGUCCUCUGAAGAAGUUAUUAAUCUAAUCUCCCGUGAUGACAUUAACGUUCCAUUUGAAGAAAAAAUCUUUGAAUGUGUUAUUAAUUGGGUAAGACAUGAAUUAGAUUGUAGAUAUGACAGUUUGCCUAAAUUAAUGGAACAUGUUCGUUUGUCGUUAGCAUCCCAAGAGUAUAUAUCAAUAAAAGUAGUUGAGGAACCUCUUAUUAAAAAUAAUCCUAAAUGUAAAGAUUUUGUAAUUGAAGCUUUAAAUUUCCAUAUCCGAAAGAAACAUCGGCUUAUAACUAUUCCACAGACAAUUCGUAACUCACCUAGACAAAAUCAUUCUAAUGUCCAUAAAUUUCUCCUUGCCAUGUGUGAUUCAUCUAGAAUGAAUCAGUGUUAUACAAGCUGGUAUGACCCAGCAACCAAACUAUUGAAUAAAACAACAGAAAUGAGUAUGAGCUAUGGAUUAUGUGGUCUAGCCUUAGUAAAAGAACAUUUCGUUUUUGCCUUGGGCAAUAAUUAUAAUAAUUCAAGAUCAAUUGAAAUGCUUGAUUUAUCAUCACAAUCACUCCAAUGGAAAUCAACAGUUAACAUGUUAGUCGAUCGUAAUUAUUUUGGAGUUGGUGUCUUAAAUGAAUGUAUAUAUGCUGUUGGUGGAUUAAGUGGUGUUUCUAUUUUAAACAGUGCAGAGAUUUUUGACGUGAGUAUUCAAGAAUGGCGAUUAUUAUCUAGUUUGUCUACUGAAAGAAUGGACCUCGGUGUUGGAGUACUCAAUAAUCUUUUAUACGUGGUUGGAGGUUAUAACUACCCAUUUUCUUUGAAAUCUGUUGAAUGUUAUGAUCCCAGCCUUGACACGUGGACACUAGUCACACAAAUGAGUUCAAGUCGCCGAUGCCCUGGUAUAGGAGUCUUAGACGGUGUAAUGUAUGCUAUUGGUGGAGAGUUUAAGGACAAUACUAGCUCAGUGAUUCUUAAAAGUGUUGAGGCCUAUACACCAAUUAACAAUGUAUGGUCUCCUAUUGCUGAUAUGCACUUGUGUCGAGCUGAUCCAAGUGUUGUCACAUUUAAUGGUUUGUUGUAUGUUAUGGGUGGAUUUGACGGAUUUAAUCGUUUGGAUUCUGUAGAAAUCUACGACCCCAAAAUAAAUACUUGGACCAUGGAACCCCUGUCAACAACUGAAGAGGUUGUUUAUGGUGCAAUAGUCGUUUAUAGUCCACCACAUUUGAGAAUUGAUUAGCUUAUAGGUACUUGGUCUCAUUCUUGAUUGUGGUAUAUUAUAUUCAUAUUAAUUUAUAAUUCACGAACAAAUGUUAUGUAUUUUAUGCAUUUUUGAUUUUG